UCAGGCCUGACCCUCCCCCCACACCUCCAGCAGGGGUAGAUUUUACUUUUUGUCCAGGAGGGGAGGGGGGUCAGCUGGCAGGAUGAUCCGAAACCUGAUGCACUGCAGGGCCCCCCUCAGGGGGGCUACGAUCUCCUUCCAUACCUUCCGCAAGUUCCAUGCUGCCCCUCCGCUCCCCCGCCAACCAGUCCCUGACCUCCGGAAGACUCUCGCCCGCUACCUGCUCUCCCUCCAGCCUCUUAUUAGUGAGGAUGAGCUGGAGAGCACCCGGGAACUGGUGGAGGAGUUCCUACGUCCUAGAGGACAAGGAGAAGAGCUGGAGAGGCAACUACAUAAGAGAGCGGAGCGGACUGAUAACUGGCUCACAGACUGGAGACAAGAGUGUGUAUACCUAGAGAAUCACCUACCACUCCCUGUACAUUCCAGCCCGGCUGUCAUUCUCCCUCAGCGGGAAUACAAGGACUGGAGAGGACAGCUGAGAUUUGCAUCAAAACUAAUUUGCGGCGUCCUGGAUUUUAAAGCCAAACUCGAGAGCCCUGGUGGUCUGGAGGAGUUCUGGAGAGGCCAAAGGCUGUGCCCAGAUCAAUAUUACAAGUUCUUUGGAUCCUGCAGGGAACCCGGAACCAAGAGGGAUCGAGUACUCCUCCAUCCUCGGAGAACAUCUCAUCGUGUGACCGUCUGCAAGAACUACCAGUUUUUUGAGCUGGACGUGUACAACAGCGAUGGCUCACCGCUGACCGAGGAUCAGAUCCACCAGCAGAUGCUUUUCCUUCGUGCGCACUCCAAAAAGACGGACAAGGAGCCUGUUGGUGUGCUCACCACUGACCACAGGAACAGCUGGGGGCGAGCGUACAGCAGCCUCAUUCGAGACCGCCUGAACCGGGAGUCCGUGCGCAGCAUCCAGCAAAGCCUCUUUACCGUGUGCCUGGAUGCUACAGCGCUGAAGUUCUCCGAGGAGCUGUACAGCAGCCGUACUGCCGCCCAGAUGCUGCACGGAGGAGGGAGUCACGCCAACAGCGGCAAUCGCUGGUUUGACAAGACCUUGCAGUUUGUGGUGGGAGAAGAUGGCAACUGUGGACUGAUUUACGAUCAAGCGACAGCGGAUGCCUCUGCGGUGCUGACCAUGCUGCGCCAUGUUCUCGACUACUGCUCUGAGGGCCCCAGUCUGCUGCCGCCCCGCACUCCUCUCACCAGGGUUCCUCCGCCAAGAAAGCUCUACUUCAACUUCCCUCCGGAGAUCAAGCAGCACAUCGAACAAGCCAAGCAGAACCUGGACAUAUUGGUGAAUGAUCUUGACAUCUGCUGUUUUUCCUUUCCUGACUUUGGAAAGAAAUUUCCACAGCAGUACAACAUGAGACCGGGCGCCUUCCUGCAGACCUGCCUGCAGCUGGCGUACUACAGGUUACACGGCUCACUGUGUGCCACCAGCGAGGUCGUCUCACUCCGCGUGUUUCAUCGGGGGCGGUCGGACGUCGUGCGCUGCUCGUCCCCCGAGGCCCUGGAAUUUGUUCAAGCUGCAGAUGAUCCAAACAAAUCGGCAGAAGAGAAGUUUUCCCUCCUGGUAAGAGCUGUAUCAAGUCACCAAGCAGCCACAGAGCAGGUGUUACAAGGACAGUCUGUAGAUGGCGCCAUCCUGGCCCUGAAGAUGCUGUGUAUUACUUCCGGGAUGGCCCUCCCGUCUCUGUUCAUGGAUACAUCCUAUGCGGUGUCUUCCCACUGGAAGCUCUUCACUGGUCAGGUGUCCUCUCCUGUGGACUGUGUGAUGUGUUAUGGGCCCCUGGUUCCUGACGGGUACAGUGUCUGCUUUGCCCCCUCUCAGGACAGCAUCACAGUGUGCGUAUCUGCAUUUGACUGCUGUCAGGAGACCGACGCGCAGAGACUGUCGGACAGUCUGCAAGAAGCCCUGAGAGACGUACACUCUUUAAUCCUGACGUGUCGGCCGGGGGACGAGUAGUCCGCUCCAUUCAUCAUCAGCCCCCGAAAACUGCUGCAUAUUUAUUAUGACAAUGUAAGAAUAUUACGAGGGGUCCUUGAUGAUAUGGGACCCGAAAACGAACCGGUAACCAAGAUAUGUAAACAAUGCGGCCUCGCUGACGUGUCACCAGUCAUGUGACCUCAUUAUAUACCCCUCUGCAUAUGCUUUACAUGCAACCUCUGUCAAUGAAGUGCAGGGAGUGGAGGCAAAAACGGGGUAUAUAUUA